AUGAAGAAUCUCCUCUUUGCCGUGCUCUUGGCUUGCGGGCUGCUGCCGGCUCGCGGCAGCAUUUUGGAGCUGGAGCAGAUGAUCAAAUCGGCCACGGGGAAAAGCGCCCUGCUCUCCUACAGCUGGUACGGGUGUUUCUGCGGCAUCGGGGGCAGAGGGACCCCGGUGGACUCCACCGACCAGUGCUGCCGUGCCCACGACUGCUGCUACAGGAAGCUGCGAGAGGGCAACUGCAGCCCCCUGAUAACCCCCUACCACUUUGACGUCGCCAACGGAGACAUCGUCUGCAGUAACGAGCAGAGCUGGUGCAAGAGAGAAACCUGCCUGUGCGACAAGGCAGUGGCUUCGUGCUUCGCGAGCUCUUUGCAUUCCUACAAUGAAUCCUACCGCUUCUAUUUCAAGCUGAAAUGCCGAGGAAGUAAGCUCCAGUGCUGA